GAACUCAGACAGCUUGAAACGGAGUUUAUGAGGAGAAGAGUAGCAUUAAGCUCCUUUUCGAUGACGUAGUUGUGUCAAAAAAAUUCACAGGAAAAAUAUGGCGCGAAAUCUUUUCACCAUGCUUUACUUUUCCCAAAACCCAUACGUUUUUUGUUUACAAAGGAAAGUGGGGAGACACGCAUUCACUAUGUACUGUAUUGCAUUUCUUGUAAAACCGUUUUUAUUCAGGUUUUUACUCAAUUCACUAAAACCCAAUGCAAUACACAGUUAGUGGACGGCCCUCGCACAACAAGUCUGGGUUACACCAGUUAUUUCAAUUUUUUCAAUUUUUAAAACUAUUUUCUGAGACUUUGAAAUUGAAUUUUGAAAUUCUUUCUACCGCUAUUGUAGAUAAUUAGCUGAUUAAUAAGAUUCUUUUGAAAAUUUUCAAUUUCGAUGGGCCAAUUUUGCUGAGGUACAAAUUUUAUAUAACGUUUGGUCUUAUGCUUUUUACAUACUUUUUGUACCUCAGCUUUCAAAAACGAUCGAAAUAUUGAACUUCUUCGUCGAGUAUGACCACAACGGAGUUAUCUAAAAUAGCCGUAGAAAGAAUUCCAAAAUUCCUUCUGGUAGCUGAGAAAUAAUUGAAAAUGUAGGGUUAUGACGUCAUUAUUAUGACGUUGGUAGUGACGACACGAGUCUCACGUUAAAGGACUUGCAAUGCUUAAGCAUACAACAUUUAUUGACUCGGACUCAAAAUAAAAAUGUGUAUCUGAAAUAAAUAAAUGUCACCCUAGAGCUGACAUAAAUUGAACGAUAUUCUCAGUAGAGCUAAAAUUUCUACUUGCAAUGAUUUUCCUUCAACUUUUUUUGCAUGCACUCUAUAAAAUAUUAGAAAUACUUUGCGCAUUUCUAUCCAUUCUCAAAAUAUAACCGAGAUAUGUCAACUUGAAAUCCAAAAUGAUUAAUUCUGAUUCAAAAUGGGUUUCAAAAUAGCAAUAGCAAUUGUAAUACAAUUAAUACGUUGUCCAUGGGUAGUUCCACCUCUUCAAGGGGCAACUCAUUAAAAACUGACUGUGCUCUAAAUUGGAGUGCAUUUCCAUGGUCCGUUUGCAAUGACUUUCGCAUAAAAUGAGGAAAAACGACAAAGUGGAAAAGCCGUGAAUUUGUGGGAGAAUGAGACCGAGACAAAACACAGAGCGGUGAAAAAUAUGCAUGUGCGCUAUCAUUUCUGCCGGCACAUGGGUUACUAGGAAGCUGUAGCGUAGGUAGCUUAGGUAGACGGUUACUCUCCGCUCUUCUCCAGGAAAAAAUUGUUCCAAUUGAAAACCCCAAGCUACUUUUUGGACCCAAAUUAUUUUGAGACAUGGAAAAGAAAGGCUAUGGAGUACUUCACAAGAUCGUGCUGCAAGGAAUGAAAUCCGGAGGAUUGUUGGAUUUUCACAGAGUGAAAACUUUGUUCUGGAGGGCUUCUAAUGCUCUAAGUUUGGAUGAGGAGCAGUGGACCUCCAUGCUGGCAAUAGAAAGAGUUUUUAAAGAAAUUAAUGAAAAAAUUAAAUUAUACGAUGUUGCGAUUAUGUCAGCAUCUUGUGAACUCACUGGGGAAAAAUUUUUCAUGUUUUUGGACAUGAUGGAAACUCCAGCGAUGAGAAUGGAAACCCUGUUCUCAAAAGCAGAAUUGGAAUUAUUUCGAAAGAUUAUGACCGCAGUUCUCCGGAAGUACGAGCAUUUUGCUGUACCGGUCAUGGAUUGCAAAGAUAUGGCUAGAGAAAUUAAUGCUCGCGACUUUUCCAUCGAAAUGGCUGAAGCAUUCGUGCAAAAAAUGAUAGGGUUGCAUUACUUUGCUAAAUAUUAUUUGGAUCCAAAGGGGCCAGAGUACGAAAUUACGAUUGGAAUUCGUACUAUUCGCGAGUUUGAACCCAUCCUUAGAGAAGUUUAUGACGACGUGAUGACUAAUUGCCAUCUCUGCAAAAUGACCAUGCUUCACGGACAUCAGUGUCCAAAAUGCAGCGUGUUUGUACACAAGGCUUGUCAUGAGAAGUAUAUAAAAACGUGGAAAACAUGCCCCGGCUGUAAGACUGGCAUGGUGAAGCGAGUCGCCAAACAAAUGAGACUGAAAACACAACAUCAUCAAGUUCACAGAAUUCCUCGUCUCCUACUAAGAUGCCAGUCUUGUAUCCAAUAUCAGAAGAACGGCGGUUAAGAUCGGACCAUCGGACCUCUCAAAAAAUGCCAAAUCUGACGGCGGAGCUUGACCUGUCCAAAUAAUUUUUUCAUACUAUUAUGAUUUUUUUCUACCAUUUUAUUUAUCCUCAAGAGAUAAAAUAAACCUUUACCCAUAUUCCUUGUA